AGGAAUUUUGCCCUAAGCCACCACCAAACAUCAUAUCAUAUCAAUAUCAUAUCAUAUCAUAUCAUAUCGUCUGUAAGACCAACAUCUCAAGAUACCGCUAACAUUACUCCGUCCUCUCUUGCAUCUCACGGGAAAUCAAAUCCAGUGGAGUAUGUGAAAGUUGGUAGAGCAGCUUUUUAACUAUAAGCGUCGUACAGCGAGCGUAGUUAUCCCUGCUACCUAACUACUCUACUGCAGCCACUUACGCUGUACACUACUGCUCUUCCCUCAAACCCCCUCCCCUGCCUGUGAUCUCCCAACCGUCGGCAGAGUCAUCCUCUUUUUGGCUUUACUGUACAUACUACUCUACUCUGUAUACUGUACAGGCUGCAGAGAAGCCUGGAGUGAGAAUCUUCCCCAUCUAGACUUUUCCUCCGCGACGUGCAUCGUCCGCUCCGCUACCUUGUCCUCCUGAUCCUCCGCUCGCUCUCUACGCAUAGUAUCUCUAUCUGUCUCUCUCUCCAAGCGCCCGCGCUAUUAUUAGCGUGAAACAAACCCUUUCCGCUAUCCUUUGCCUCGCAGAACAUCCCAAGUCCUUCUCUUCUAAACCCUAAUCUUCUUCAUCUUCAUCAUCCUCCUCUGCCCAUCAUCAGACAUCCAUCUGCGGGUGUUUGCCGAGACUCCCUUUGUCUCCAGGUAACCCUGCAUUCCAUCCCAACGGCGGUGUACAUAGUACUCCGUAGAUACUUGCAUGAUUAACAAACUUGAACUUCCCCCCUAACCCUUGCUUACUCAAUUGCCACCCCACGUUUUCUCUUUCAACGCAGUCACAGCCAAUGAGAAAAUAUCCCACCCCAUCCCGAGGCUGUUUUUUCGGCGAUUUAUCCAUAUGCAGAUGGACAGGAGCCAUCUUGUCUAGGUAGGAAGUGCUGCCUCCUUUUUUCCGUCUCGCAAUUUUAUUGGGCCGGGGCUGGUUGGUUUUUGCCCUCUCUUUCUUUUGCUAUCCUGGUCUAUAUCCGAGGGUAGACAAAAAAAAGAAAGAGAAAAAGAAAAAGAAAGGAAAAAGAAAAAAAAAAAAAAGAAAAAGAAAAAUAAAGGAAAAAUAAAGAAGAACAGGAGAGAAAAUUCCAGUCAUGGCAAACCUCUUCCGAAAAAAACAGAAUGCCGUCUCGCUGCGCAGAGAUGAUAGUAGGAUUAUCUUGCACUUUGUUAGAUUAUGAUUGUUUCUACGCCUCCGUUUUCGAAGCGGAAAAUCCCGCCCUGAAAUCACUGCCGCUGGCCGUCCAGCAGAAGCAGAUUGUCGUUACCUGCAACUAUGAGGCUCGCCGUCGCGGCUUACGCAAGUUGCAACUGAUCAAGGAAGCUAAGAAGGUGUGUCCGGAUGUGGUCAUCGUGCCGGGCGAGGAUUUGACCAAAUUCCGUGAUGCAAGUAAGGAGAUCUAUUCGUUUUUAAGGGGGUUUGUUUCGGGUUGGGGUGGGAGGGUGGAGAGGUUGGGGUUUGAUGAGGUAUUUUUGGAUGUCACCUCCCUGGUAGACUACAACAUCGACCUUCUCAACCACAAUGACCUAUCCAGCUCCUUUUUCCAUCUUGACAAGACAGACCCAACCCAGGGCUUUGCAUACGAUGCGCGGACAGUGUCGGGGCCUUCAUAUCCCCCUUCCGGCCAAACCCCUCAUACUUCUCUCAAUGGCUCAGCCCCAUCUGCCACAUCAGACUCUCAGACACACCCGUUCUCACCCAAUAGCAACAAUGCCAAUGCCAAUGCCAACUUACAACUACUCCAACGCCUAAUCCUGGGCUCACAUCUAGCCAGCUACAUCCGUCACCAACUCGAGGAACACAAAAGCUACACAGCCACGGUGGGCAUCUCUACCUCCAAGCUCCUCGCAAAGCUUGCAGGAAAUGUCCACAAGCCGCGGAACCAGACAACUCUCCUACCCCCCUAUAAUUCCACCAAUGAUGACGAUGAUGCUUACUUUGACCAUGACGACGGCGACGAUGAUGAUUAUGAUGAAAAACAUGCCCAACAACAGAGCAACAUCAUCCGCUUCCUCGACGCCCAUGAUAUCAGCGCUAUACCUGGCAUCGGCUUCAAAAUCGCCCAGAAGAUCCGUAGACAUGUUCUUGGCCGCGAGCUUUCAUCAGGUAUAUAUGAACAGCUGUCAAAAGCUGACUACGUCACCGUGAAAGAUGUCCGCUUACAUCCGAACAUGGGCCCGCUGACGCUGAAUGAAUUAUUAUUACUUUCUUCUAGCACUAGUAGUGGUAGCGGUGGGGGCGUCGGUAGCGGGGCAUUGCCCAAGGAUAUCGGAAUGAAGAUCUGGGGCUUGCUCCAUGGCAUCGACCCUAGCCCCGUUGCGGGGGCCAGGGCUGUCCCUACGCAGAUUAGCAUUGAGGAUUCGUAUGGGGAUGGGCGGUUGGAAGGGUUGGAUGUGGUCAGGGGGGAGCUGGUGGCGCUGGCGGGGAGCCUUCUUAGACGGAUGGUUGUGGACUUGACUGAGGAGGUUGAGGGAGAAGAGGAUGGGGAUGAUUGUGAUGGUGACUGUGUACAGUCAGAGCCAGAGCGGCCGGAGAAGAGUAGAAGAGGGAAAUCGACAAAGAGACGCUGGCUUGCGCACCCGCGCACAUUACGGCUAUCUACACGCAUCCGCCUGCCCCCGCUCCCGGACGGGGCACGCGAUUUCAGCGCGGGACGGGUGUCUAGGUCCUGUCCUAUGCCGACAUAUAUAUUCUCUUCGCUGCUUAAUACUGCAACUACUACUACGACUACUACUACUACUACUACUACUACUACUACUACUACAACUACUAUUACUCCUGCUACUACUAACAAUAAUCGUAAUCAUACUCAUCUCGAAACCAACGACAACGACAACGAUGACAAACCCCGUGCUGGAGUUCACGAAGCCAUGGUAGUACCAACGAUAGACCCUCUAGCCAUGCGCCUCGUGAACGAAACCAUCCUGCCGCUCUUUCGUAGAUUGCACCCUGAGAAAUCGGGCGCGGGGAAGAUAUGCGUUAUGAACAUUGCGGUGACGAAUAUGGUUAUGGUUGCGGGGGUGGGUGGGAAGGGUGGUGCCGGGAGGGAUAUUGGGAGGAUGUUUCGGAGUCAGAAGAGGGUGUUGAGGGAGUGGAGGGGUGAAGAUGGGGAUGGGGAUGGGGAUGGGGAUGAUGGCGGGUUACUAGGAGGGGAAACGGUUGAGUCUACUACCAUUGGCAACAACGACGAUGAUGGCGGUGGUGAUGCUGCUGAUCCUGAUGACAUGUGGGAUAGCGAAGGAGACGAAGGAGAUAUAGAUAUACUAGGUAACGGCGAUGCCAUGAUGACCGAAUGUGCCAUCUGCGGAGCGCUGAUGCCUCAUUUCGCCCUCCGGGCACAUGAGGUGUAUCAUUCUGUUUGUCCCUAAUUGAUCACUAAAAUAAAAGACCGGACUACCUGAGUUUUUUUUUCCAACUUAUUUGAUUUCCAACUCUGUAUGUUAGCCCCCCCCCUUUUUUUUUUUUUUUUUUUUU